AUGGUUACACAAAUUUUAACUGGUAUGAUAUUACUGACUCAGAUUUUCUUUGGUAAUGAAUUUAUCCAAAGAUUUAUUUCACACUUAGCUUCACAACUUUACUCCUAUUUAAUUAAUCUAAGAUUGUUAGCAAUAAAACUCUCUUUAAUAAUUCUUCUUUCUCUGACUUCUUUCCUAUUUAAAAAUAAAGGAUUUUAA